GAAGUGAGCUGUCAAAAGCCGGAAGAGAGCCGGAUUAGCAAACUAGAAUAUCUCAAGACUGACAACAGAUGGUUUUAAUGCUUGGAUGAAAGCUUGAAAGAGCCACAGUUAACAACAGAUAUCUCUGUUUGUCUGCUGACCAGCCCAUUGAUCAGCAAAAUGAGCAGCACAGGAACAGUGGAGAGUGUUAGACCUCCAAAGAUUGGCUCCUCAGUGGAGGUGACAGGUAAAGGCCAGCGGGGCACAGUUGCCUACAUCGGUGCCACCCUCUUUGCCUCAGGUAAAUGGGUCGGCAUCAUUCUGGAUGAGCCCAAAGGAAAGAAUGAUGGCACCGUGCAAGGGAAGCGCUACUUCACCUGUGAGGAAAAUCAUGGGAUAUUUGUCAGGCCAUCCCAGAUCCAAGUCAUCGAGGAGGGCUCCCCUGCCACAUCACCAGAAACCCCCGAGUCCAGCUCGGCAAAGACGCUCAAACAAAAAGACAUUCCCGAGACUCCCAGAACAACAAAGCAGACACCAGCGAACAUUAAGAAGUCCUCUACCCGCCGCUCUGCAAAGUGGAGCACGCCAUGUCUCACGCCUGCUACCUCCCUCCCCUCCCUCUUGAUACGUCCCAGCCGCCUCAGACUGGCGCUCCGGGCAUCGCGUGAGAGCCUGUCGUCCUCUCUGUCUGGAGAUGUCAGUGAGGUGAGCCUGUCCUCCCAGCAGGGGGCGCUGGGUGCGCCCGUUACACCUCAGCCGAGCGGAUCUCCUGCAGCCCUGGCUCCUCCGGCCCCAGCUACUCCGAGCAAGUUAUUUAACCAGGUGGAACCUGCCCUAUCCAAACAGGAGGAAGAGUCACUGCGAGCUCAAGUCAAGGACCUGGAGGAGAAGCUGGAGACUCUGAAGAUAAAACGAACUGAGGAUAAGGCCAAGCUGAAAGAACUGGAGAAACACAAGAUCCAACUGGAGCAGCUGCAGGAGUGGAAGACCAAAAUGCAGGAGCAGCAGGCAGAGUUGCAGAAGCAGCUCAAAGAGGCCAAAAAGGAAGCCCGGGAGGCGCAGGAGGCCAAAGACCGCUACAUGGAAGAGAUGGCGGAUACUGCAGACGCCAUAGAAAUGGCCACGCUGGACAAAGAGAUGGCUGAAGAGCGAGCGGAGUCACUGCAGGUGGAGGUGGACUCGCUGAAAGAGAAAGUAGAGGAGCUCUCCAUGGACCUGGAGAUCCUGAGGCAUGAGAUUUCAGAGAAAGGAACAGAUGGAGCUGCCUCCAGUUAUCAAGUCAAACAGCUGGAGGAGCAGAACGGCAGGUUGAAGGAGGCGUUGGUCAGGAUGCGGGACCUGUCAGCCUCAGAGAAACUGGAACAUGUGAAGCUGCAGAAGCACAUGGAGAAGAAGAACACCGAGCUGGAGACUCUGAGGACUCAGAAGGAAAAACUGCAGGAAGAACUCAAACAGGCUGAAUCCACCAUUGAUGAGCUGAAGGAGCAGGUUGAUGCUGCUUUGGGUUCAGAGGAGAUGGUGGAGACGUUGACUGAGAGGAACCUCGACCUGGAGGAGAAAGUCAGAGAGAUGAGGGAGACGGUCACUGACUUGGAAGCCAUCAAUGAAAUGAACGAUGAGCUGCAGGAAAACGCCAGAGAGACAGAAAUGGAGCUGAGGGAACAGGCGGACCUGAGCGUCGUGAAGGUUCGGGAGGCAGAAAAAAAGGUGGAAGCUGCUCAGGAGACCGUAGCCGACUACCAGCAGACCAUCAACAAAUACAGAGAGCUCACUGCCUCGCUUCAGGAAGCCAACAGGGAGCUGAUCAGUCAGCAGAGUGCAAAUACAGAACAAGCUCUGCAGCCAGCUGCAGAGCUGUUUGACUUCAAGAUCAAGUUUGCCGAGACCAAAGCGUAUGCAAAGGCCAUUGAGAUGGAGCUGAGGAAAAUGGAGGUGGCUCAAGCAAACAGACAGGUUUCCCUGCUCACCUCCUUCAUGCCGGACUCCUUCCUCCGUCACGGUGGAGACCACGACUGUAUUCUGGUGCUGCUGCUCAUUCCCAGGCUCAUCUGCAAGGCUGAACUGAUCAGUAAACAGGCCCAUGAGAAGUUCGACCUGAACGGCGGUCUGGUCCAGGGAACGCCGCUCAGAGGACCACCAGGAGAGCAGCGCAGCUUUGCUUCGGGACUCGUCUACUCCCUCGGCCUGCUGCAAGCCACCCUGCACAAAUACGAGCGGGCUCUGAGCUCCUGCAGCGUGGAGGUUUUUAAACGCAUGGGCACACUUCACUCCGAAAUGAGCUUCCACGAGCGCUCGCUGGAUUAUUUCAUCGACUUGCUGCAUAAAGAUCAACUCGAUGAGACUGUUCAGGUGGAAUCUCUGACUAAGGCGAUCAAAUACUAUCAGCAACUGUACGGCGUCCAUUUGGCAGAUCAGGAUGAGGACUGCACAGUGCAGCUGGCUGAUCACAUUAAGUUUACCCAGGGUGCCCUUGAUUGUGUGGGGGUGGAGGUGGCUCGUCUGCGGGCGUUCCUGGCAGCAGGACAGGAAAGUUCAGGCCUCGCUGUCCUCCUGAAGGACCUCGACACUUCCUGCUCAGAUAUCAGACAGUUCUGCAAGAAGAUCCGGCGCCGUAUGCCUGGAACAGAUGUAGCCGGAGUCCCUGCUGCUCUCAGCUUCGGGUCACAGGCGUCUGAGACGCUGACUGAGUGCAGGCGACAGCUGACCCGUGUGGUCGCAGUACUGCAGGAGGUGGCUGCAGCUGGGGCUCAGAUGGUGGCUCCGCUGGCAGAACAGGAGGGCCUCAAUGCUCUCAAACUGGAGGAUGUUGCCUGCAAGGCCGUGGAGCAGGUAUAUGGCUCCCAAGGAGUGAAUGGCCCAGAGCUUCUGCGACAGUCCUGCAGCUCUGUCAUUACAACCAUGAACAAGAUGGCUACAGCAAUGCAGGAAGGAGAGUACGAUGCUGAGAAACCACAAGGAAAGACUCCACCAGUGGAGAUGAGAGCCGCCACCGUCAGGGCUGAGAUGACCGACGCAGAAGGUCUAGGAGUCAAACUAGAAGACAGAGAAACAGUCAUUAAAGAGCUCAAGAAGUCCCUCAAGAUCAAGGGUGAGGAGCUCAGUGAAGCCAACGUCCGCCUCAGCCUCUUGGAGAAGAAGCUGGACACCUCCACCAAAGAUGCAGACGAACGUGUUGAGAAGAUUCAGACCAAACUCGAUGAGAGCCUCGCCCUGCUGAAGAAGAAAGAAAAGGAGUUUGAGGAGACGAUGGAUGCUCUGCAGGCGGAUAUUGACCAGCUGGAGGCAGAAAAGGCCGAGCUGAAACAACGCAUCCACAGUCAGUCAAAGAUGACGAUUGAAGGCCUGAAAGCCCCACCGGGUUCAGGAAUCGCCUCCAUCGUUCAGGGAUCUGCAGGAGCAGGUUCGCCUCCAUCCAUGGCAGGGCCAACGCAAGUGGUGGACUCGCCUCUCCUCCGACAGCAGGUUGAGGUCCAGAGACUCGGCAUUAAGAACCUGAAGAAUGAAAACAACAGGCUCAAGGCAGAGAAGAUGAAGGCUCAGCUGGCAUCCCUGCCUCCACUUUGCCCUCCAAAACUCCCACAAGUGUCUAAAGAAAGCUCCACGCCUCCAGAGGGACUGAACACGGGGAUCUACCGCAGGACCGACCAGCUGCUGGCCACUCUGCUCAAGCUGAGUGCAGAAGUUAAGGUGGUGGACAUCACAGGGAAGACAGCAGUCAGUGCCAGCGCCCAGCUGCUGGAGCAGACGGCUCGUCUGAAGAAUCUCAAGGACGCCCUGGACAAACUUCAGGGUGAGGUGGCUGAACAUGUGGUUUCAAACCAGCCAGGAGCAAAGGCUUCCUCUGACUUCGCCACAUUCCCAGUGUCCUCCUUCAUUAAGGCUAAGGAAGAGAAGCAAGGAGGAACUGUUUUCGUGGGUCGUGUUGCCAUCCCGUGCACCCGCGGCCAGGAGCAGGUCCACCGCCUCAUCCUGUCGCAGCAGCAGCUGCAGCAAGUGCACAAUCUCCUCAUGGUCUAAAAUCCGCUCCCAUUCCCACCAAACACCUCUAUUUAACAUUGUUGUCUCUUUUCAAUACUACACUCAGGAAUCUGUGUCCUGUUAAUCUGUCAGCACUAAUAACUCUUUCAUAAUUUAAUGCCAGAAUGUCACAUUAUGAAGAUGUAUUCAUUUAAACUUUGAAGCUUUGUCACCUCGUUAAAUUUGACAAAAGUCAACUUUAACCUUUGUACGAAUACAUUUGUAUUUGUAGCGAUUCUGAAAAUAAAACAUUUCACUU